AUGGAUCACGGGGACACAACAGGACACAGGGGACACAACAGGACACAUGGGAUGGACAGGACACAUGGGAUGGACACAGGGGACACAACAGGACACAUGGGAUGGACAUCAGGGGACACAGGGGGACACAACAGGACACAUGGCCCCGAGGUGCCUCGCGUCUGGUCCAUACAGGGAACUAACGGAGGGCUGGGCGACGGAGGGCUGGGCGACGGAGGGCUGGGCGACGGAGGGCUGGGCGACGGAGGGCUGGGGGACGGAGGGCUGGGCGACGGAGGGCUGGGCGACGGAGGGCUGGGCGACGGAGGGCUGGGCGACGGAGGGCUGGGCGACGGAGGGCUGGGCGACGGAGGGCUGGGCGACGGAGGGCUGGGCGACGGAGGGCUGGGCGACGGAGGGCUGGGGGACGGAGGGCUGGGGGACGGAGGGCUGGGCGACGGAGGGCUGGGCGACGGAGGGCUGGGCGACGGAGGGCUGGGCGACGGAGGGCUGGGCGACGGAGGGCUGGGCGACGGAGGGCUGGGGGACGGAGGGCUGGGCGACGGAGGGCUGGGCGACGGAGGGCUGGGCGACGGAGGGCUGGGGGACGGAGGGCUGGGCGACGGAGGGCUGGGCGACGGAGGGCUGGGCGACGGAGGGCUGGGCGACGGAGGGCUGGGCCACGGAGGGCUGGGCCACGGAGGGCUGGGCCACGGAGGGCUGGGCCACGGAGGGCUGGGCGACGGAGGGCUGGGCCACGGAGGGCUGGGCGACGGAGGGCUGGGCCACGGAGGGCUGGGCCACGGAGGGCUGGGCGACGGAGGGCUGGGCGACGGAGGGCUGGGGGACGGAGGGCUGGGGGCCCUGGUCUAA